AUGGCCCUCCGCAGCUGCGCCUUCCACGCCGACUUCUUCGAGCCCGAAACACUCCAAUGGGGCGGGUGGCACUACGCCUCGCGUAUCUACCACCACCUCCUAACCACUGAAGCACUCACAUACAACUCCUGGGCCAUCUUCCAAGCCGCAUAUCCCGCGGACAUCAACCCCCACCAGCACUUCCACAUCCCCCCAUCCACACACACAUACGCGCCCACCCUCCUGCCCUCCCUAACAUCUCGCCUGUCUAAUCUCUCCCACCCGCUAAUCACACACCUCUGCAUCCGCAACUUUGCCCUCACGUUCACGGAUCUAACCUCCCUCCUCUGCAUCCCCACGCUCGGCGCCCUCGUCCUCGAACAGGCCCGGCCCGGCGGACUGUCUGAGAUUACUAGCCGCCACUUCCUCGACUUCGCGCGCGCGGCGCGGGAAAAGGGUGGUUUGCAGCGCCUCAGAGUGUUGGUGGUGUGCGAUUUUGGGCUGGGUAAGGGCGUGGUGCUGCGUGGUAUGAGUGGGUUCCCCGCGUUGCGGCUCGUCGGGGUGGUGAAUAGCAAGACGAGUGUGAUGCAUGGCGAGGAUGUUGCGGGCUGGAGAUGUGUGGAGGAGGAUGAGUUGGGGAAAGGGGUGAAUGGGGUGUGGAACGCGUCGUAUUUGACGAGUGAGAAGAAGAUGCAGGACUUGUAUGGUCUUGCUGGGGCGAGGGGUGGGGAGAGGGAAGGGGGAGAGCGGUCGGUUUCGAUUACGUAUGGGGGAGGUAUGGGGAGGAGUAUGCAUGAAGCGACGGCGUGGUUUGUCCGAGAUCACGCAGUGCAGGCUGAGGAGAUGAAGAAGCCGGAAGUUGGUCAGCAGAGAGUGGAGGGAGGGGUUGCUAAGAAGCGUAAAAUUCGUACGGGGAAGCAGAUGGAUGUUGGGUCUUUCUUGGGCGCGUUCAAGUGA